AUGCAUAAGCCCUCGCUCACCCAUCUGGUGUACAACGCCCUCUUCAGCAAGCCUCGCGGGAACGAUCCGUCCUCCUUCUCCUCACACAUCACCAGAAACCUCGUCCCUGAAGUGCGAGUAGAGACAUCGACCUUCUAUGGAACGCUGGAUUGCAUCGAAGCUCAAUAUCCCGGCCUGGACUACUCGUAUGGCCCUCAUCGCAUGAGACUAGGCCGUUUCCACCACCACAAGAAGCUGUUCAAGGUCUUUGACGAGCUUAAGCUGACCGAGGCUGAGAUCUCGUCUCUCUGUCGCUGGGAGGGCACAAAGUCGGCUAGAGAACGGUACGAGCGAGACACCGGCAUCAAAGUGCGAGACACCACCGCAGACGAGAUCAAGCCUGCUGCCCCCUCGAUGCCCCCUACGCUCCAUGUCCACGCUGCCCCUGUACGAGAAGAGAUCGAGGAGGAAGAAGCAGAGGUAGAAAUAGAAGACGACGAGUGCUGCUCUUCUCCCUGCCGGCAGCAGAUCAUAGACGGGCCCAUACUACCCAGCAACGCAGGAUCGGACACCAACGGACCCAUUACUGGCGAGAGUGGAACGGAAGAUAGCAGCAGCGACGAAGACCUGGAAAGCUACGGAGUGGCCCUGAAUGAACACCUCCUAGAAGCCACAGCCGCUCGGGAGCGUGGGAUCAAUGUUGCCCUUGACGAGAUAUGGGAGCAAUGGCUCAAGGAAGCCAUCGAACGAGGCGGCUAUACUGACAUGCUCGAUGCCAUUCGUGAAGGACGCGCCAUUGACUUUACGCAGAGAGGCGUCUCUGUGCACCACCACCACCAUCAGCAUCACCAGCAUCACCAGCACCAAUACCAUGCUGCAGGAUCAGGGUCGCCCGCACAUCAUACCGCUAGCUACCACUCCGCCAGCUCAAGACUACCAGCUAUAAACAGCAACGACAUCAUUCCACCGAUCUCAACUGUUUCUGCAACUGUCUCGGCCCAGCCAUCAAGAGACCUUCACCACAGCUGA